GUCGGGGGUGAGCAGCGCUCCACAAAAUGAAUGGAUGGAAGCGGCGUAUUCAUUUGUUCAAUUUGAGGAAAACACGAAUGUAGGGUGGUCGGAAUCGGGGUCGUCUCGUCUUGUCCGCGCAGUUGUGAAAUUCAAGAAGGCGUUUCUGUGGCAACGCGUCGACUUUCCGCAAGAGGGCCUGCGCCUUUAAGAGGCGCCAGCUCGGUUCUCCGCCAUGACCUCAUCGACGGCGUUGACGCGGACAAAGUUCGGAAGGACGUCGAGAAUUGCAGUCGCCGUUCGGGUGGCGAGUCGAAGAAAAAGUCAAGAAAAGGUCGACGCCCGCUGCGAUGAUGUCAUUGCGUCGCUCGCCGUCGUGACAUGGCGGAAGCUUCUCCGGUAGCCGGGAUCCGGCCCCUGGCGGCGGAGGCUCUGGCGGCGCUGCUGGAGGGGGGCCAGGGCGCCGGCGGGCUGCUGCUGAUCGACAGCCGGCCUUUCGCCGACUUCAACGCGUCGCACAUCGCCGACGCCGUCCACGUCAACGCGUCCAAGCUGCUCAAACGACGACUGCGGCAGGACAAAGUCAACGUCGGGGACGUGUUGCGGCACUCCGCCGGAGCCGAGCUGGAUCUCGGGGCGAGCCUCCGGGUGGUGGUCUACGAUCAGGAUUGCUGGGACGCGGCCGCUCUCCCUUCCGACGCCUUCGCCAGCGUCCUGCUGCUCAAGCUGGAGCGCCGCUUCCUGUCCGUCCACCUUCUGGCGGGCGGUUUCUCUGAGUUUUCCCGCCAGUUUCCGGGCCUGUGCGAGCGGAGGCGGGCGCCCCGGCCGUCCUGCCCCCCGACGCCGCCCUCCGUCUCGGGGCCGACCCGCAUCCUGCCCCACCUGUACCUGGGCUGCCAGCGCGACGUCCUCAACGAGGAAGCGAUGCGACGGAACGCCAUCGCUUACGUGCUGAACGCCAGCAGCACGUGCCCCAAACCCGACUUCAUACCCGACUCGCGCUUCCUGAGGGUUCCCGUCAACGACAGCUUCUGCGAGAAGAUCCUGCCCUGGUUGGACGCGUCGCUGGACUUCAUCGAGGAGGCCAAGGCGUCGGACGCGUGCGUGCUGGUUCACUGUCUGGCGGGGAUCUCGCGCUCGGCGACCAUCGCCAUCGCGUACAUCAUGAAGCGGAUGGACAUGUCUCUGGACGAGGCGUACAGGUUCGUGAAGGAGAAGCGGCCCAGCAUCUCUCCCAACUUCAACUUCCUGGGUCAGCUGCUGGACUUCGAGAAGAAGAUCUCCCGAGAGGCGGGGCGCGGGGGCCCCGACGGACGUCGGCCGGAGAGGCCCGAGAGCCCGGCGCCGCCCGAGGAGCCCCCGCUGGCCCGGGCUCUUUGCGGCCUGCGUCUGGAGGACGCGGCCCGCCCCGAGCUCCGCUUCCCGCUGGACUUCAAGACGUACGGCGAGGCGGGCCCGGCGGGUGACGGCGCCUCGGAGUGUCAGUUCUCUCCCGUGGAGGAGGUCUCGGAGCAAAGUCCGGACAAGGAGGAGGGGCGGGCCGGCGCCGGCUUCCCGUUGGGACGCCCGUCGGUUGCCGGACCGGGGCCCGGCGGCGCCCUCAAGGGCUGGCACUCGGACAUCCUGCCGGGACCCCUGGGGAGCGAGCGGUACCGCUCGGCCGCGGAGACGGCCCGCUCCCACUCGGCGGCGUACGCCGGCUGCCGCGGCCCGGAGACGGUGCGACGGCGAGGACGCCCGCGAGCGCCCGACCGGGGAGACUCUCGCAGGAGCUGGCACGAGGAGAGCAACUUCGAGAAGACCCGAAGUUGCCAUCGCUGGAGCGAAAACGAGCUCGCCAAAGUGGCGGCGAGGGACAGCUUCUCAACCAGCUUGGAGCUCAUCGGCGUGUCCUGAAGCUCGCCGAGCGCGUGCCAGCCGGCAAAGCAAAAAGCCCGACUUGACGCCGACCGUGGAAGGGAUUCGGAACGUCGAUGACCUCGACUCAAAUGAACGUGAUCAAUGACGUCCAUUCGCUAGCUGACCUGCAGCGGCUUUCAAGUUGAUCGUUGAAGGAAAAACAAAACAAAACAAAACAAAAACAAGGUUCUUGAUGGUUCUUCUUUGCGGUACUCGAGUGUUGUUCUGCAGUCCGACAAUUGUGAAUGUGAGAUGUUCACGGCGGCCU